UUACAUUUUUUCGCGUUACGAAGUAUAGCGAAAAAUAAUUGUCCUGACGACAUGUAAACGAAUACGAAAGUGUGGUGUUACUAAGGUAAAAUUGUUAUGUAGGUUUCAGCCAAUGAAAUGUCAGUAUUGAGAAAACGUGUUCGAUUGUAUCUACGGGUGGUUAGUAAGAGUUCACUUUCUAGCGCACGCUUUCCCGAGCAAGUCGUGUUUUCGGUCAUGGACGCCAGGCAGAUACAGGGUGCAAUUUCUGAAGAAGUUAAUCGAGUUGUGUCGCGUCAACAGUCGGAAUUAUUGGACAAUCUGAAAGAUAUGAUGGAUAGUCGUCUGACAGCGUUUCAGCAGAAUAUUCAACAAAUUUCAACUUCCCAGAUAAGUAAAAUAGAAGAAAAUCUUAAUGAACAUUAUGUUUUCCGGAAAAAAGGAAACGAGAAUCAAUAUAAACAUGAGGCAAAAGUGCUUACAAAACUGAAGGAAGCAAGGGAACAUUUGAACAGCGAUGACGGUGUAGAUUUAGCCAAAAGCAGCAUAAAUGAAGGUAUUGAGCUGGUUAAAAAUCGCCAAAAAGUCAUUAAGUUAGCAGAUUCGUCGCAGCUUGGUUGGAGAGUGGUUCAAGAGUAUGAAGCCAAUCCGAUAGCAGACGAUUCAGACGAUGAGAAAAAGAUGUACAGAGCGCAGAUGAGGGCAGAGAGAAAAGUUUUCAACGGGAAGAAGAGAUCUAGAUUCGAGCCCUAUCAAAAGAAACCGGCAACGGUUACUCGCAUGGAGACUGACGAGAAGUCAACAGGCAGUGGAAAACCCGGCAGAUGUUUUGACUGUGGGGCAAAAGGGCACUGGAGCCGAGAUUGCACAAAGAAAGAUGACAAGUCAAACAAGAUAAGUGAAAACUUAGAUAAUAUUUUAUCUAUUUCAAAAUUUGCACAUUUUGUUGAUAUGAAAAAUAAAAAAUCUCCAGUUGGUCGCUUAAGAUCACACUAUGACGAGUGGGAGAAAAUUGGAACAGGUAAAACAGUCCUAGAUGUUAUAAAGACAGGUUAUAGAAUUCCAUUCAAAACUAAUCCUGUGGCUAUUGAAUUAAACAACAAUAGGUCAGCGAGAGAUGAGCCAGAUUUCGUUACAGGUGAGAUAAAAAAUUUGCUAGAAAAAGGGUGCGUGUCACGAGUGUCUGAAAAACCUACAGUUGUAAAUCCUUUCACUGUGGCUAAAAAUAAAAGCGGUAAGCCAAGGUUAGUGCUUGAUUGUAGGCAUAUUAAUCCUCAUUUACACAAAUUUAAGUUUAGAUACGAAGAUGCUAUAACAGCAAAGGAAAUGCUUAAGAUAGGAGAUUUCAUGUUUACUUUUGACCUAAAAUCAGCUUAUCACCAUUUAGAAAUAUGCGAGGAACAUCGACAAUAUUUAGGGUUUUCAUGGAAAGAAAAUGGAAAAGUGUCUUAUUUUGUUUUUAAUGUACUACCUUUUGGCAUUUCAACAGCAGGGUACAUAUUUUCUAAAGUUCUUAGAGAGCCUGUGAAACGCUUAAGGUCAGAAGGUAUAAAAAUUAUAACAUUUCUAGAUGACGGUAUAGCUGCAGGCAGAAAUUUUGAUGAGGCAUCAAAGGCAAGUAAUUCAAUAAAGAAUCUUUUUCAAAAUUUGGGUUUCUUGUUUGCAGAAGAAAAAUGUAAUUGGGUUCCAAGUCAAAAUUGUUUAUGGUUAGGUCUGCAGUGGAAUACAGAAAAAGGUCAAGUUUAUAUCAGUGGUGACAGAAUUCAACGUUUAAAUUCUUGUUUAGACGCUUUACAUUGCGAGGUACAGAAAAAUGUAUUUUAUUUUCAUGUAAAAUUUUUGGCUAAAAUUGUUGGUCAAGUAAUAUCCAUGAAAGUGGUUUUCGGUGAUAUAGUUAGAAUGAAAACAAGAUAUUUGUAUUACUGUAUAUCAAGCAAAGCUAGCUGGGAAUCUCAGGUAAAAAUAAGUGCGGAAGCUUUGAAAGAAAUUGAAUUUUGGCGAAAAAGUGUGUCAACAUUGAACGAAAAUGGUUGUUCAAUUGAUUUGGUAAGCGCAUCAGAUGUAUGCAAUUUGUAUUUAUAUUGCGAUGCCUCAGAUGUAGGCUUUGGUGGCUAUUUUGAAAGUUUGAAUGACAGAGAUGAAAAUGUGUUUAUGGGUAGUGUAGUUGGAAAUUGGACAGAAGAAGAAGCAAUACAAAGCUCAACAUGGAGAGAACUUGAAACUGUUAAAAGGGUUAUGAAAAGUAAAGUCAAUAUCAUUGAAAACUCAAAUUUAAAUGUAAUUUCGGACAGUAAAAACGUUUCAAAAAUUAUGCAAGUUGGGAGCAAAAAACCAUAUUUACAAAUUAUUGCAAAUCAAAUAUUUGAUACUUGCUGUGAAAACAGUAUUCGGGUUUGCAAUGUAUGGAAGCCUAGAACUGAAAACAAAAGGGCAGAUUUUUUGAGCCGUGUAACUGACAUGGACGAUUGGUCAGUUCGGGAUGAGGUAUUUGACAUUUAUGAGAAAUUGUGGGGAGUUCAUACUGUUGACAGAUUUGCAACUCAUUACAAUAAAAAAUGUGAAAGAUUUAAUUCAAAAUAUUGGUGUCCUGGUACAGAGGCAAUUGAUGCUUUUACACAGGUAUGGGUAAGUGAAAAUAAUUGGUUAGUUCCCCCGCCCAUUUUUAUACCUAGAGUUAUUAACAAAAUGGUUGCAGAGAAGGCCUCGGGUACGUUGAUUAUUCCAGAGUGGAAGUCAUCUCCAUAUUGGCCUUUGAUAUUUGAAGGAAACUGUUUCAAACAUUUUGUAAAAUAUUAUGAUUAUUUACUUAAUGAAAAAUUAAUAACGCAUGGCAAGAGUAACAAAUCAGUAUUUGCAAACUUUCCAUUGAAAUUUAAGAUGUUGGUAUUGAGGAUUCAAUUUUAAAAUUGACAGUAAGUGCGCAAGAUUAUUUAAUAUAUGUAUUCUAAUGGCACUGAGUAUUUUUUCCAGGAUUAGGAGUGCAGUUACAUGUAAACAAAGCAGUUACUGAGAGUGGUAUUUCAUUGGGCAGCAAGUUGGGAUCUUUUAGUGAGCAUAUGUGUGGAUAUCUUUUAUCAUCGAAGAGUGACGGAACCAACAAGGCAUACAAACAUAGUUUUCAACGAUGGAAGAAGUUCAUAAAUGAGCAUGAGCAAAGUGAAAUUCCA